GGGAGCAGCAUCCCAGUGGAGCAAUCUUUUCAUACUCUUCAUACUGAUGGAUGUUAUUUAUUCCAUCAAAUAUUUCUUCCAGCAACCACAAGAAUUGUAUAACUAUCCAAAACACUUUUGGUCUGAAUGGAGAAUUACAAGACUGCAAUACCUAUUUCACAUUUGUAUACCAAGUGCUGCUAUUUCCAGUAAUAGAUAUCAAAGUGUUUAACAUCAGUGUUCACUUUCAUUCUUCUGCCAUGUGUUACAGGAAGAGGAAGGAGAGGAAGGAGAGGAAGAUUACACAGCUAUGGAUAAAGAAGAAGCUGACCAGACUGACACAAAAAAGAGUUAUUCCAAGGAAGAGUAUGAUGAAGAUGGUCUGGAUGAUCUACCCUCUUCUAUAUGCCGCCGUCAGGCUGUUGGCCGUUCUGGGGUCCCCAUCUCUCGUAAGGUCAGCCAGACCAGUGUCUACCUCCAGGAGUGGGACAUCCCGUAUGAGCAACUACAGCUGGGAGAGCUUAUUGGAAAGGGUCGCUGGGGUAAGGUGCAUAAAGGUCGCUGGCAUGGUGAGGUGGCCAUUCGCCUUCUAGAGAUUGAUGGCAACAAUCAGGAUCAUCUGAAAGUCUUCAAAAAAGAGGUUAUGAACUACAGGCAGACCAGGCACGAGAACGUCAUCCUGUUCAUGGGUGCAUGCAUGGCUCCUCCUCAUCUUGCUAUUAUCACCAGUUUCUGUAAGGGUCUGACUCUGUAUUCUGUUGUAAGAGAAAGAGGUCACCUGCUGGACAUAAAUAAAACCAGACAGAUUGCACAGGAAAUCGUUAAGGGAAUGGGUUAUCUUCAUGCUAAAGGCAUCGUUCACAAGGAUCUGAAGUCCAAGAAUGUGUUCUAUGACACAAACAAGGUGGUGAUUACAGACUUUGGCCUGUUUGGAAUGUCUGGUGUGGUACAAGAAGGCAGAAGAAAGAAUGUGCUGCGGAUACCACAGGGCUGGAUCUGCUACCUGGCUCCAGAAAUUGUUCGAAAAUUGAGCCCAGAGGUUGAUGAGGACCAGCUGCCUUUCUCCAAAGCUGCUGAUAUUUAUGCUUUUGGCACAAUCUGGUAUGAGCUGCAGAUGCGAGACUGGCCAAUUACCAACCAGCCUGUGGAAACUAUAAUCUGGCUAGUGGGUCGUAAUGAAGGCAUUAAGAAUGUGCUGUUAGAGUCCAAUCUGGGCAAGGAGGUCACGGAGAUCCUGUCUGCCUGCUGGUCCCUUACGGCAGAUGACAGGCCACCUUUCACCCAGCUAGCAGGCAUGCUGGACAGACUCCCUAAACUCAACCGCAGGCUUUCUCACCCUGGACACUGGAAAACAACAGAAAAAAUUUGAAAUUUUAUGAAGCUAAGAGGAACCAUUACACCAUCAGUCAACAAAAAUGCUGUAAAUAGUGUUUUUUAAAGAAAUGUGAAAAAUGUAAAGCUGGCCUGCUGAUGAUCAAAUGAUAUAUAUGUACAUACUUAGACUGUUUUUAAUGUGACUACUGUUUUGUUCUGAGGAACGAAUGAAUAAUGUAUCAAGUAAAUGCAUUUUUUCUACUUUGGCAAAUUAGGCACUAUCUUUACUUUUUCUUCUGAUACGUGAUAGUGUUGAUCACAGUCUGUAAUGUACUGAAUUUCUCUUUUUCUUCUGUCUUCAACUUCCUCUUCUCUGGAUGUUGCCUGAUUCACCUUGGCCUGUUCCUGUUGUGCCUCAUCUCCUGACGGCUUCCUUUGGGUCCUGCAUUUCCAUCUUUAUCUAUGAUCUUGUUUCCUUUCUUUCUAUUUGCUUACUUGUUUUCCAACAUUCCUGUUUGUCUCCUGGGUCCACUUCUAUUUUGGUUAAGGACACUGGAAAAUCAUGAAUGCCUGAGACAUCACUGCCAUCAGCAUAUCACUAAGUCAGGCAGUGAGAGCUUGUUAAAUUGACUGAAAAUAUGAUAUGAAAGAUGCAGCUCUGAGAGAUUUCCUAUAAGAUCGGAUAUUAUGCAUGCACUAGCCAAAAUUUGUAUUCUAGAUGAAAACCAGCAGAUGAAACCUUUUAAGUUCUGUCAGGGACAUCAUAAUACCUGGGUCUAAAAAUGCUUUGCUUUCAUCUUUAUCUCUUUUCCCUUGAUUAACCUGUGUGCCUACUUCCCCCCACAUUUCUAACUCCCAACCUUCAGUGAAUGUAAUUCUUCUUAUAUAUGUUUAAAUGUGAGUGUAGGCAUAGUCUCAUGGCUGUUUGAGUUAAAUGCAUAGUUAACUAAGAGCUGCUGGUUUCAGCUCUUAGUUAAUUUAAAAUACAUUUUACUUCAAGGGUUCCACCAGAGUUUACUUUCAAAGGGUCAGUUCACAAUAUACACCCAGUAAUUUUUUAAGUUACUUAAUCGAAAAAGUGUUGUCCUUAUAAAUAUACAUUGAUUAUUAUGUAAUUAUGAUGCAGUCUCAUAAACUUAGAAUUAGUCCAAUAAAAUACAUCAGUGCAG